CGCACUGGGCGUAAUCUCAGCCAUUUUUUGAAGGAAACUAAUUAGCAGGAAUAAAGAGCCAAGUGUUUUUACCCCCACAGUGAUCAGAACUCAUUCUACCUCUGGAGCUCGCACAAACCCCUCCGUCCCCCAUCUUCUCUUUACUACAGCCUAUAUGUAGCUUUAAUUACACUGUUGUUUGGUAACAACUUGGACUCCGCUGCUCCCUCUCCCCAUUUUCCCCUCCUGGCUCCGUAAAAACGCAGAGGAUCAUUCAAAGGGAAUGAAUGGGCUCUCUAUACGAUUAUUUUCGGGACUACUACAUAUUCAGCGUACGAAGCUUUGUACCAGAGCCGCUGCAGAAAUGUGGGGUAGUAAUGUGUGGCAGCUGUAGCCUCUGGUAUGGACAGCGGUGAGGGAGGAGGAGGGGAUGGAGGGGGAGGAGAGGAGAGAGAUGUUGACCUCAGCCCCCAGGCUUUAUCUCUUCCUCUCCUGACCCCAGUGGUCAUUCCUGAGCAGGGGUCAACCUCUCAUACCUCAGCCAUGGCCCCUGCCAAAGAGCCACUGACCCAGCUUGAGCGGCAGGAGGAGGAGGACGCAGAGGGGUCCCAGGCUAGAGAAGAGACCCAAGGAGGUGAGCCGAAAUUAAGAGACCAACAUUCACAAGACGGAGUGUGUCAAAAACAGGGGGUGAAGGACGACUUCAUCAGGGAGAGAUAUGUGUCAGGGCAAAGGAAGGAAGAUGGGGAGGUACAUGUAGGUGUGAGAGCGGCGUCAGUUACAGGGGGCCUCUUAGCAGUCUUAAGCAGCAGAGGUGGAGAGGAGGAGAAGGAAGAGGAGGAGGCCAACUCAAACCAAAGCCAAACCAAAUCCAAAUGUUCUUUAUUACCUCAACAGAGCCAGCACAGCUCUUCUUCCAGCACUGCAAAGGUCAGCGGCACACUCGACAGCAAAAUUGCCGCCUAUCCAAAGCCCUCCCCCACUCCUUCCACCUCUCCAAAGCCCUCCCCUUUUCUUUCCACCUCUCCAAAGCACUUCACCAGUCUGUCCUCCUCUUCUGCCCUGCUGAGCGAGACAGAGGUAAAAGACAUUAACGGCGAUCAGGGCUGGAUUUCUGGGUUUCCUCAGAGCUUUAAAUCCCAGCAGUCUACUCUGGCUUUUCCACUGGCAGGUACGGAGCCUGCCAGUACACCUGCUGAGGAUGAUGGGCUGGCAGGGGUUCCUCUCUCUUCCAUUUCCAAUGGAGAUGGUGCCAACGCUCCAGAACCAAAUGUCAGCCAGCUAGACACAGAGGUGAAUGAUGAGAGAGACAAAGAAGGUGAACAAAAAGAAGAUGUCCUUAAAAACCAAGACCUUUCUCCUAAUUCCCUGACUAGUCAUAUGACCAUAAUGCACUCGCGCAAUUCCUGCAAGACACUGAAAUGCCCCAAGUGUAACUGGCACUAUAAGUCUCAGCAUACACUGCAAGCCCACAUGAAAGAGAAGCAUCUGGAGACGGUAGGCCAGUGUGUGUGUGGUGCCUCUGGGGGAAAGUGUGUGUGUGGAGGGGCAACACGAGGUGUGUGUGGAUAUUGCAGUUCGGGGAAACCCCAUCCACGCUUCUACAAGCCUUACCGCUGUGAGGUGUGUGACUAUGCUACCUCAUCGAAAGGCAACCUCAGCAUACACAUGCAGUCAGAUAAACACCUUAAUAACGUUCAAAAUGGGGGAAACGCGAAUGGCCACAUGCACACUUCUCACAUAAACAACAGCAGCCCCUCCAACGGUCACACUGCAGAUGAGCAGACAUACAAGCUUCCGCUCUCUAUUCCAGCACCCGCUAACCAGCCUGCCAAGCUCACACCACCUGCACACACGCACUCUCAUGGUAAACGGUGGAGGUGUGAUGUGUGCGAUUAUGAGACCAGCAUUGCCCGCAACUUGCGCAUACACACCACCAGCGAGAAACACACACACAACAUGCUACGGCUCCAGAGAGGUUAUUAUCUGUCUCACUGCAGGAGCCUUGCCCCACAGUUUAAACACCUACAAACCACAGGCGCUGAGUUCUCCUUGAACAUGCAACUAACCAGUCAAGUUGCAGAACAGCCAGUCACCCUUGGGUCUACACUGACUCCUUCUCCCUCACCCUCACCCUCUCCCCCACCAGCCCCAUCUCUGUCCCCCACUGGACCCCUAUCCCAGGGUAUUUUCCAGUGCCUCAUCUGCUCUUGCUUUACAUCUGACAGCUUAGAGUUUGUGGAGCAGCACCUGAAUGCCCCUCGUUCCUUGCCCCAGUCUGAGUGGUGCUCCCUGGUCGCUGGUGGCUGCCAUUGCAGACUGUGCGGCUACACUACUCCACUGAGGGCUAACUUCUCCUUGCACUGCCAGACUGACAGACAUCGUACCAGGUACCAGCUUGCAGCUCACCUCCAGGAGGGUGGAGACAGGGGUCAGGAGGGGGCCGCCCUUAUUGCUAAGGGCAACCCUGUCCAGCUGAGGUGCAACCUGUGUGAUUACAUGACCAGCAGUUUGGAGAAGCUACGAGGACAUUCCCUCAGUUCACACCACGAGGCCAGCAUUCAGAUUUAUAGGUUCCUGCAGCAGUAUGAUGGCGAGGUUGAUGGAGGUUCGUGGCUGUUCCACUGUCUCCUAUGCAACCACUCCUCCUCAUCUAAAAUCCAAGUACUGAAGCACAGUCAAUCCACAACCCAUCAGGAGAAGGAGGGGCUACUACAACUGCAGCCAUUGAGUGGAGAGGAGCUGGCGGCCAUUUUUACCAUCAGAAAAAGGCCUGAUAGUGUCACAGGAGAGCUCAAUGAGGAUAUGGAAACUUUCAGUGAGACCACCACUGGUCCUUUGGAUACAACCAAAGACGCAUGUAACUUGGGGGUACAGCAGAUUUCUGAGGAAACAGAAGAAACCAGGGAGGAGGAAGGAGAAAAGAGGGAGUCAUUGCCCUCAGUCAAGCGCCCAUCUUCUGGAUGUGGGGAAACAGAAAACUCCAUCUUAACCAAACGUCCCAGAAUACACCAGCAAAAUGAGAACCAGCAGACUGUCCAGUGCCCUUUGUGCCAGGUUAAACUCCCAUGCACGCACCUUCGACAGCAUCUCACACAUGUGCACAGUGUGGCACAGGAUUGUGUAGACAAGCUCAUCAGCACAGUCACACCAUCAAUGGAACAGCUACAGCCUCAGCUGGAGACAGAGCUACAGACAGACUUAGCCACAGAUGAUACUCAGAAAAAUAAAACCACCAAGAAUAACAAUGCAAAAUGUUCACGCACUGCUGAUUCUAUUUCUUCACUUGAUUCACAGAAAAACAAAGGCGUUUUAGUGGAGAACAGUGAUGGAGAUGUAGCCGCACCCAAAGAUGUCACAGCUCUGCUUACCCCACCCCUGGAAGACAACACCACUCACCCCAAUGGCAGACUGACUCCUCAGUCCCCGAAUCAGAUCCCCACCUCUUCUCCACCCACCUCCCCACCCAGCGAUUCCCCUCCCCUUUCUGAUCGCCAUGGUUACCGGUUCCGUUGCAGCAGGUGCAGCCUGGCAUUCCCCACUCAGGAGAAGCUCCAACUGCACUGGCAGUACCAUGCCAUGAGAGCGGCGACAGAGUGCCCCCUCUGUUCUAGACAAUGCCGCAGCCAGAGGGCCCUGCAGAGACACAUGCAGAACACUCACAUGCAGCUGGACAACACACAGGGGCAGAAUGCACUCAUGCCACCUCAUACUGCACAACACAUAGAGCCUAGUAAGAGUUCACUUCAACAAGAGUUUAGUUUAUCUCCUCAAGUGGGUCAAGAAGCAGGAGAGGGUGAGGAAGAAGACACAGAGGAAGAAGCGCCAAGUAUGGAGGUAAAGGAGGAACAAAAAGAAGAAGCUAAAAUUAGAGAAAAGGACAUGGUCGGUGAAGUUAAUGGAGAUGAGCAGGAUUUAACUGAGACAGAGAAAGGGCCACAUGAGGAGAUCACAUCAGAGCCUAGUUCCAGCUGUCUUGUAAAAAAGAGCUCUAACCCCACAAUGGAUCGCUAUCUGGAUCCAUCCAGGCCCUAUAAAUGUACCAUAUGUUCUGAGUCUUUUACUCAGAAAACUAUUCUGCUGGUCCACUACAACUCUGUGUCCCACCUCCACCGGGCCAGACGGGCCCUGCAGGAUUCUGGUACAGGUGUUCCUGCCUCCGAGACCCCCCGUGGCCCGGAUCCUAGACCAUACCGCUGCAGACUGUGUGGGGUGGGCUAUAGCCAGAGCUCCACACUGGACAUACAUCUUCGCUCUGUCCUUCAUCAGACUAGAGCUCGUGCUGCCCAGAACUCAGCUCCACAGGUCCCAGCAUCUGGUGUAGCUGUUCCAGUGUCAGUCCCCACUACUGCUGCUCAGGCUGUUAUUACCAGAGAAGCAUCCAAGAGUUUCUCCAAGAGGACAGAGGUAGUAAACUUGUCAACAUCUUCAUUAUUAGGCCCUGGCUUAGCAGCUGAUGCACAGCCAACCUUCUCUAACUCAACUGACAGCCAGCAGGCUAAAAAAAGAGUUGCAGAGCUUCUAGCAUCGAGAAACCAGCUAAUGCUAAUACAACAACAGCAGUUAGUCCAAGCUCAGGCACAGGCCCAAGCUCAAUUACAACAACACACAGCUCUGCUCCAGUCCCAAGUGAUGCAGCAUUUUCCCUUAGGGCCAGAGAAUAUCCUUAAACAACAUUUUCCCCUGGCACCAGACAACUUGCUCUCUCUGCAGCAGCAGCUUCUCCUGCCUUUUUAUUUGUCAGGAGAUAUGAAUCUUAAUUCAGAUAUAGCUAUUAAGAUUCCAGAACUUAGUCAGUUAGUAUCUGCCAACCCCAUCCGAACAGAAUUCCCUAAGACAGAGGCUAAAUGUGAAUCCCCACCUCAAACAGAUGAGAAACAAACUCAAAGACAAAGUUCAAACUCAAAUGUUAGCCAAGCAAUGGAGGAUGUGCAGUGUGAGGCUAAGGUAGAAGCAGUCUGCAGCAGAUCCUGCAUCAACCAGACAGAAAGAGAAUGCAGCAUUUCUAGUUCUGAGGAAGAAAAAGAAGAAAUGCCUGUUACUGCUGUUAAAAAUGUCAGUCAAAAGAAGGAAACAGAUUCUUCCGCCUUUAAUAUUCUUGGGUUGCAGUGUCCUCCUCCCAGAGUGCCCUAUGCUGCUGCAAAUGGGGAGCCUCUUAGAGCCCUACUGCAGAGCUAUGGCUAUGAAUUGGCGCUGCAAUAUAUACAAAGUAGACACAGACACCAUCAGCAGACAGCACCCCAAUUUAUACCAGAUAAACAAAUGUGUUCUGAUGUCAACAAGAUGGAGGUCUGCUCAGAGGGGGAAAGAGAUUACCUUAGCGAACCACAGGAUGGAAAGAUGGAAGGCUGCAACAAGGAAAACAAAGGAGUCAAAGGCAGUGGAGAGAUGGAAGGUUUGCCAGAAGAGAAAAUGCAGAACAAAGUUGAGGUAUCAGCAAUCAAAGGGAAAGGAUGUUGUGAUGGAGGAGAAAAGUGUAGAGAUUGUGGCAAAUUUUUUUCAGAUGCCUUGGUUUUAAAAAGCCACCAGGAGUAUAUUCACAGGACGCUGUUUCCAACUGCUGAACUGGAGAGGUUUUCUAGAAAGUACAGACUGCAGUAUGACCAGAUGCACCCCUUGCAACAGCCUAAAUCUGGGGAGAAUUCAUCUGCUUGCCCUGAAGCUGCAGCCUCAGUCCCAGCAUCAUCCUCAAUGUCUGAAUCAGCACCAGAACCAGUUAAGCCUCAAGUUAAAACCCUUGCACUCUCACCCGUACCUUCAGUUUCAGAUCCCAUAACCAAAACAUGUGCUACAGCAACAGACCUGACAUCAACUGCCCCUGCACCGUCUUCUCCAUCUGAUGUGCAAACUCAGUUUCCACAAGAGGCAGCUAUCCCAAGCACAUCUGCCGCAGUGAACUCUCAAACCGCAUCCCCAGAUAAGUCUGUAUCGCUUCCUUUACCUAAAAUACCCAUGCUCCCUCUGCCCUUGCCCCAGCUGCCCAUACCCCCAUUGCCUUUACCCAAGCUUCCCCUGCCCCCAAUUCCUUUUCCCAUGGAGCUACCCCUCCUCCCUCCGGUUGUGAUGCAGUCUGUGGCUCUCCAGCCCCAACCAUGGUUAGACUCAAGUGUAAAUCCUGAACUGGCAAAACUCUACCAGUCUCAACUCAACCCAACACUGCUAGGGCAACAGCCACAGCUUAGUCCAGCUUUAUUAAGCCAGCCUCCACAGCUCAGUCCUGCAUUGCUGGGUCAACCAUCCCAACCCAGCCCCAUCCAAAUAGGACAACAAGCCCAAGUCAGUCCAACAAUGCUUGACCAACAGCCGGGAAAGAGAAGCCGAACACGAAUCUCUGAGGAGCAACUGACUAUUCUGAGGAAACACUUUGAUAUCAACAGCCUCCCUAGUGAUGAAGAGCUCAGUAAGAUAUCUGCUUUGUCUGGUCUACCUCACAAAGUCAUCAAACACUGGUUCCGCAACACCCUGUUUAAAGAACGCCAGCGAGACAAGGAUUCCCCUUACAAUUUUAAUAACCCCCCAACCACAGCCCUGCAGGAAGAACUAGCACAAAACCAGCCUCUGACACUUUCUCCAUGUUCACUGUCCCCUGGCUUCCCAGCCAACUCCUCCCCACAGCCCCAGACAACAGACAUCCAGAGAGGAGAAACCCAUAGGGGCAGGCGUUCUUCCCGAACUCGCUUCACUGAGCAACAGCUGGAAACUUUGCAGGGGGUGUUUGAGGCCACUCCCUACCCCAGAGAAGAAGAAUAUGACAGGUUGUCUGCUCUGUUGUCUCUCCCUAACAGAGUCAUUGUUGUGUGGUUCCAAAACGCUAGGCAGAGAGCCCGCAAAAAUCAAGAACGGGGGACAGACGAUGGGUUAGACGGGAAGAACCAGCACGACAACAUAUAUAGACAGAAAAAUGACUGUUACAAGAAUGAUGAUGAUAACAGCUGUGGGGAUGAAGGACAAGGAGACUCUCAGAAUGAAAAUUCCAUGGAUCUUACAUACGAGUAUUACACCCACCCUGACUCACCUGUCCUUGAUUUUUCCACUCAAGGCACAGAAAAUGAGCAUCUAACCACCAAAGGUGAACAAACACCUGUUACUAGGAAACAAGAAAAUAAAACAGUCUCUCCUCAGGCUAACAAGAGCCCAGCUCUUGUUCAAACUCAGAAUGUAAAUUCAGAUGCAGACAUCCAGGCUAAGGAAAUAGUUGAGGCCACAAAAACAGGGUCCUUUCCCAAGCUGCAGCCAGAAAAUACUCCAGAAAGAUCCAAGCCUUGCUCUUCUUCCUCUUCAGAAGCAGUACCUACCGUCUUAUCUGUGUCUCAUUCCAGCCAGGGGCAUAUGCAUAGCCUUCUUUCUAAUCAAGCCUUUGAAAAGUUUGCUGAUGCAUCACCUAACCUCCCUUCUGCUCCAGAGUCUGAAACAAGCCACACUCGGCUUCCUGAUGUCACCUCUGGUCUACCCACUGAACCUCAGCCACAAAACCAGCUCCAGCUUCAAACCCAGGCUCAGUUCCAGUGCAGUCUCUGUCCAGUGUCCUUGCCGUCAUUCCAGCUGUGGCAGGAGCAUCAGACCAGACACCUCCUGGCAGCACAGUCCCAGGUCCAACUUUUACACUCUGGCUUCACAGACCGAACCAUGCCUUACAUGAUGCUCCACCCCAAUCACACCCUGAUGGCUAGCCAAAUGCUGUCAAGCGCUAUGUCCCAGAUGCACCCUAAUCCCACACAUCCCAUGAUUUCACACUUGAACAGCAUACAAAUUAAGAACACACUCUCUGAUCACUCGAAUAACACCCUCACCAGUCUGUCUCAAAGUUCUCUGACACCCAUGAAGCAGAGUGCAAAGCCAAUAUCGGAGAGCAGUUUUGAAAACCAGAGAGGUGGUAGAGAGGUUGAGGAGGAGCACAGAAGGGAUAAACGUCAGAGAACCACCAUCACCCCAGAACAGCUUGAAGUGUUGUAUCAAAGGUACAGCCUGGACUCUAACCCCACCAGAGGAGUCCUGGAAAGCAUUGCACAAGAUGUGGGCCUCACAAGACGUGUGGUUCAGGUCUGGUUUCAGAACACACGAGCCAGAGAGAGAAAGGGACAGUUCCGAUCAGUGGGGCCAGGAUCCAGUUUCAACUUGGGUUUGAACCAUCUGCGCUGCCCAUUCUGCAGGGCUCUGUUCAAGGUAAAGAGUGCUCUGGAUGCCCAUAUGAGGUCACGCCACUGGGCAGAAGCUGAAAGAGCAGGCUACAACCUAUCGAUGAGUAAUGGAGCCACUGGGCAGGUUGGGAUGGCAAUGUCAUCUGUCAUGGACAGACCAGGCCCAUCUGUCUCCUGCAACCCUAUCCCAAACUCUGGCUAUGUCAUCAGCAACAAAGAGUUAAAUGUGAAGCAACUUGUGACAUCUUUGUCUUCAACCACUGAUCUGAACAACCAAGAGGAAGAUGAUGACUAUGAAGAAGAUGAUGAGGAGUACCUAUGUGAGGAGAAUUCCAGUAUGGCUGACCAAGGGUCUCCUAGUCCUGAGGGAUCUGGGGGUCAAAUGUCAGACUGGGGUGAGACACAAAAUCUGCAGCACCACCACCAUCAGCAACAGCGCCAAAGGACACAGAUGAGCCACUUCCAGGUACUCCAGCUCAGAGACUUCUACAGGAGGCAUCGUACACCCAACCGACGUGAGUGUGAAGCACUGGGCCAGGAAUUGGGGCUGCCUCACCGUGUGGUGCAGGUGUGGUUCCAGAAUGCCAGAGCCAAGGAGAAGCGGGCCAGGAGUCUGAGCUCUGACUCUGCAGAGAGGGAGCAGGCCGAGCUGUCUGCUGGGGCAGGGGAGAGAGACAGAGCUUAGAGAGGCAGGCUAAGGUCCCUUUGCUUCCUUCUGUUAUGUUUUACGCCAAACCCUUUCUGCACCUGCUGUCAACAUCUAAACAUAAAUCCUGUCCACUUUGCUGCCAAACCUGUAACCUGAAACCCCAAAGAUGCAGAGCCACAGUGGCCCAAAGAGAAACUCUCUCAAGUGAAAGUAGGAGAGAGUCCAAACCACAUCCUCUCAACCACAGCUUUCCUCUUUUCAUAUUGUUCUUAAACUCUUCCCAAGUCUGUCCUUUCUUGUUGAGAACAGCUCCUCUCCCUAUAUUGUCAAACACCUUACUACAACCAAACACCACCUUGAUAAAAAAAAAAAAAAACCCGGAUGCCACAGAGGCCAAAGACCAUUCUCUAAGUAUGUGACCUCACUGCCCAGCUAGACCUGCAGUCUACCUCUCAGUCUGCAUGACAGACUCACAGUGGGCCCUCCACCAGUGCUAGAUGACUAGCUGUGUAGCAUGUAGUGCCAGUCUAUGUGAGGCUGGAAGAGAAACUGUCAAAGAUAUUUUAGUGUAAAUAGAAAGUUCCAAAAGAUAAACUUGAAGAAAAACAAAGCGGUUAGUAGUGGAAGAAGAAGAAGAUGGAAAAAAUGGAAUAAUAUCCUUGAAAUGGAUGGAGGUAUUCGCAUAGAGCUUUUGUAAAGACUGACUCAGAUUCCAAAGCUCGUAACCAAAAUUUUACGUCUGUGGAUUUAGUUUCAACAUGUCUGUUCUCAAUAACAAACUUCAGAGCUGACGUCUGUAUGGUGAAGGGGUGAGAUCUGCACCUGGCAUGGGUAAGCAGAGUACCAAUAGACUGACACGGUGCUAGAAUGCAGCUUCACCCCGCACAAGCCAAUGAUGAGUCUUCUGUUGUACACGUACACCCUUCUAUGUUCCUUUAGUGGAUAACAGCCCAAAUAGCACAGAACGUAAAGGCCAGUUUGUCUUGAAAGAGGCAAACUAUUUUUAUAGCACUCAACCACUAAACUGUAUAUGAAAACUUUAACCAAACUCAAAUUACAUUGUGUGUGUUUAGUAAUAGUUUCUUAAUAUAAAUCUUAUGGAUUGAGAUAAACUGUCAUGCGUCAAUAUAAUAGUGUCAUGAUUACAAAAAAGAAUUAUGACAGCUUUGAUAUGUUCAGUUAAGGUGACUUACUGCCUUUCCGUUCUAUUUGAAUAUACCAAUGGCUUUCCAAUGUUACGUGAUUAAUGUAAAGCUUUCUAUGCUCAGGUCAGCAGUUCGACAUGGCUCUGAUUCAGAUGAGAUCUUAAUUCUGUACUUUUCUGUUUAUAAAACAGAAGAAGCAUGGUUUAACCUUGGACUAAGUAUUAAAAGAUAAGUACAAAAACAUCUCUGUAUUUCAAAGAUCUGAGCUUUUCACCUCUGAGUAAUAGAUUGUUAAAACCUUAUUGAAACUAAAGUGUUUAAUAGUUUGAGGGGUAAAUGUACAGUAUUUAGCUUUUGUAUGGUUGACUCAAGACUUCAUUGGAUGUUUGAGACAUAGCUUCCUUUUCCACUUACAGAUAGGGAGCUACUGCGCAAAGCUGAGAAAAACUUUGGAUGUUAUUGAUGUUAUUUUUGUACACUUAAUUUAUUUUCCUCUUUCUCAUUCCCUACCUACUCCCCUCUCUUCCUCUCUACCUUUCUUCCUCUGUUCAUUUGCAACCAGUCCUUAUUCUAACUGUAAUAAUGAUAAUAUAACAAUAAUAGCUAAACAAUAAUUAAUGCUUUAAAACAAAAAUCCAAAGACGUGAUAAUACUUUAACCAUAUGACCUACAAAAAUAAGCGCUACUGUUUACUUGAUGAUGUAUUGCUGUUUUUAAAGAAGGAAGGAGUCCCUAUAUCUAAGCUACUGUUUUCUGCCUCUCAUAAGCACACUGGAGACUGUAACCAAAACCCCAAACUAGAGCCAUGGCAGUCUGUUAUAUAGCGGUUAAAGAGUUUUACUUCUCUUGAGAAAUGUUGCAGUUUAUUUUUCUUUCUUUUUUUACCAUAGUGUUGAACUUCAGCCCUUAAGGAUGUCCAGUUUGCUGCUAAUGUACUGUAGUUUUUAACAAUACUGUAGAAAGAUGCAUGCUCUGAUCGCUUUACCACUAGGCUUUAAUGACUACAAACUGUAAUGAUACGGUACCUGUGAUGCUGUUGAUAAACUGCUCCUCUGUUAUUCUGUUGAAAAGAAGUGGAUAUGUGGGGCUCAAUUCCAUCAAGUUUGUUUUUCAGUAUUGUAAUAAUCACCCCCUAGUCAGAAGAUAAAAAUGGCUUUCAUAAUACCAGAAAUAUUUUUUCAAGCUUCCAGUUUCAAAGAAACCUACUUGGGGCAUUAAUUGUUCAAUAAUUAUGAAGAUACUGCAUAGUUAUUUGAAGGAGAUCAGUACCCCACCUAAUGCUGGUAUUGUGUCAGUCUUUCUGUGUUGCAGUGCGUCUAGUCCAUUUGUCUGACUAAAACAGCUUUUGUGAACUCAGACUGACAUUACAGCCAACUUUCCAAAGGAUGUGGACUGACUAGCUCUGUCAUGUUUUGCUCUUAAACUAACCAAUGUUUACGACAAUACCAAUGAGCUUUCUUCUGUACAGAAAUGUGCAUUCCAAAUACCACAAAGGCAGUUUUUUUGUAUACUGAUUAUUUUAAAAUUCAUUUUUCUUGUAUUUUCUUGAUCUUAGUGACUGUAAGAUGUACAUAUUGGGGUCCUUCAUGGUGAAGGGACUCUGUUAUCCUUACCAUAGGUAAAACUAUUCUUUUUGUUUUUUUUCUGGAUAUGUUGUUGCCAUAGUGAUGACCAAAAAGAUACCUGUGAUGUGCACCUGUCCUUAUGUCCUGCUCCAGUGGUUUAGUGUCUCUCUACUGUCCCUCCCCUAGUUCUCCCCUACUGAUGUGUGUUUCUCUUCCUUUCCCUCCCCAUACUCCACUGAGCUAAAUAAAGU